CACGCACCGGAGUCGGGCAUUAAAUUUUGAAUCCUACUUAGUGUAACAUCUGGAGAAGAUCGUAGCGAUGGAGCCCGCAAAGUUCAUGUUCUUCGUUUCGUGUGCGUUCAAUUUUUUCUGCAUUUCCAUCGGAGAAGAAGGUCCUCUCACUCUGUUGGUAAGCUUCGAUGGUUUUAGGUGGGAUUACGUCAACAAAGUAGAAACGCCGAAUUUUGACCAGCUGAUCGCCGACGGAGCUUUUGUUCCAGACGGUAUAGUGAAUACGUUCAUCACGAAAACUUUUCCUAACCAUUUUACACUGGCAACUGGAAUGUGGGAAGAAAGUCACGGGAUUGUGGCCAAUAAUAUGUACGAUCCUCUACUAAAUGAACAUUUCCAUAUUGGAGACGAGGAUGCCAAGGACGGCAAAUGGUGGGACACCGGGGCCGAACCGAUCUGGGUGACGAACCAACUGCAGGGAGGUCGGAGUGGUGUAUAUUACUGGCCAGGAAGCGAAUCAGAAAUUAAAGGUAUUCGACCGAAUCAUUACAAAAAUUAUUCGACUGAUACGCCUUUCUCAGAUCGCGUUGAUGGUGUAUUGGAAUGGUUCACCGGAGAAGAUCCAGUUGAUGUGGGCUUACUGUAUUUCAAUGAACCAGACCACAGUGGUCAUGUUUAUGGACCAGACGCGCCAGAAAUGCUGAAUGUUAUACGCAUGUGUGACGACACAGCCGGAUAUCUGAUAAAGAGACUAAAAGAAGAAAAUCUGUACGAUAAAAUUAAUGUCAUUAUCACCAGUGAUCACGGCAUGGCUGAAUUAGAUAUGAAAAAACGUGUCAUUGUGUUGGAAAACUACAUCAACUUGGAUCUGUUUGAAGUGGUUGAUGACACUCCGGUGGCUGCAAUCAGACCAUUUGAUAACAAAAACAUUGUAACUAUUUACAAUGCCCUGCAUGAUAAACAUCCAAAUUUGACAGUUUACCUGAAAGAAGACAUACCAGAAAAAUUUCAUUAUCAGAAAAAUUCCCGAAUUAUGCCUAUUAUCUUGGUUGCAGAUGAAGGGUGGAGCAUCGCAUCCACUAAAGCUGAAUAUAUGAAUUCAACCCAGCAUGGUGGCCAUGGAUACGACAAUCGUUACAAAUCUAUGCACCCAUUCUUCAUCGCUCAUGGACCAGCCUUCAAAAGUAACUUUACUUCCAAGCCGUUCAAUAACGUUGAUGUCUACCCGCUGAUCUGCCAUAUUAUGGGUCUUCAACCUGGUCCAAAUAAUGGUAGUUUAAAUGUAGUGAAUGAUAUGCUAAUUGCCUCAGUCAUACCAGUAGUACCUGCAUUCUUUCCAUAUCACUUGAAACUUUCUCAAAGACUCAUCAUCGCCAUCAUCUUUGCUGGAUCCAUCGCCUUAAUAGCAGCCAUACUUUUGACUGGAAUGUGUGUGCGUCAACGCAAGUAUCGUUUGAAAAACUACCGUCCUGAUCUCCCAGCCACCAACUAUGAGGGCAGCAAACCACUUUUAUCUGAGCAAGAUGAAGAUAUUGCAUAAAAGUAAAUGAGAAAAUAAAUAGUUUUUGGAGCAAAUAACACAGUAACUGAUCUGUUAGCUCCAUAUUUUAAAGUUGAUGUUGAGACAGAGGAGACAAUUAUUCUUUUUAUGAUGAAGAUGUCUGGGUAUUUUUAUCAUGCACUGAGGGAGUGAAACGACACACAGGACUGACUGCAAUUCCUUUUAUCUCCCGUUCUCCCAAACUAAGGGUCUGCUUUUUUCAUUGCCAGAACAUUCCUUUUAAUAUUAUCCACGAAAGCCAACCAGUCGUAUUGUAACACUGAGCCAAAAUAAACUUUGUGGUACCACACA